AUGCGGCAUCCAGGACUCGGUCGCAUGGGCGCCGUCGCGUUGGCCGCAGCGAAGCGAGGCCCCGGGGAGCGGGGACGGCUGGUGGCGAGCGAGUCGCCGGUCGAGGAGUUCGUCAUCAGGGGGAGGCGUGUUUUGGUCAAGAGGGACGACAAGAUGCGGCUGGCCGAGAGCGGCCUGUCCGGGAACAAGGCCCGCAAGCUCUACGCGCUCAACAAGACCCCGGCAUCUUCCUUUCCGGAGGUGGUCGCGAGCCACGGUGGUCCGCAGGCAAGGGACACUCGAAAACACCGCGCGCGCGGCUAUCGUAUUAGCAACGCCAUGGUGGCGAUUGCGGCGGUGGUUGCCAGCAAGCCCGGGUCAUCCUUCGUCUACUACACCAAGCCCGUGCCCAAGUGGCUGAGGAGGAACCCCGUCGGGAACUUCGCGAGAACAAUAGCUCUCGGGGCGGAGAUUAUGGAAGUGCACACCGAAGACUACAAGAGAAUAUUCGGCGGCGCGGACGGGCCAGGAGCGUCGUACUCGGAGGUUGUGCCGGAGGAGGCGUUGUUCUUGCCUCAGGGGGGCGCCGACGCGGCGGCGGAAGAGGGAGUCUCGAUGCUGGCGGACGAGAUCAUCGACUACUGGGACGAAAACGGGCCUCCCGGUAAGGAGCUGCGGGUGAUCCUCCCGGCGGGGACGGGAACGACGGCGCUUUUCCUUGCGCGGCAUCUUGUGCCCGAGGGCAUCCCGGUCCUGACCGUGCCGUGCGCGGGGGAUAGUGGCUACCUGUACAGACAGAUGGCAAAGGUGGAUCGCGCGUCCGGGGGUGUGGGUAUCUUCCCGCAGUGCGUGCAAGAGACGAGAAAGAGGAAGGCGGCGUUUGGCGCGCCGAAGCGAGAGCUCCUGGAGGUUUGGCGAGAGAUGGACAAGGCGGGCCUGUUCGUGGACCUCCUGUAUGCCGCUCCGGCGUGGGAGGUGAUCAUGGACUCGUGGGAUUCGUCGGGGUCUCCUGUGUCGGUGACUCCAGGCCCUCCGAUCGAUUCUGAGCCGCAGCUCAUGUAUGUGCACUGCGGAGGUCUGGAGGGAGUCUCCUCCCAACUCACGCGGUACAAGCACCAGGGGCUCGUUCAAGACGGGCAGUUGCAGUAGUAGUAGCAAGGGAUAUCAUCGUUGACCGCGUCGUUGCUCCUUGCCUGGCCUUCCUGUUCGCUUGCCAGGGGCGCGAUCGUGUCUAUCACGUGUAAGCGUACAGCUCGGAUCGGGGGUGUCACUGGCGGGGGCGGAUACUUCAUUUCCGAAGCCUUUUUGGCAAAAGGGGAGACAUGUGAAUGCUAGCUAGUGCGUGCUGACCGUGUUAUCGGACGAAAUUCACAUGGGAAACCUAAGUUUAGGUCGGGGCAUGGACGCGACAAAUUGACUCGUGUUGAUUUUGAUGUCACCGACAUGCGGUGGUGGUGCAGGUGGGAACAGGUGUCGCUUUGGGCGCCACGAGGGAAAAAACCAUAGGUCUUAGGGCGGUAAACACGGCAUACAGCACCAGGUAUUUUGCCAUCCCACAGCAGUAGGUGUGCUGCUGCUGGGUCUUCCGAGUGCGAGGGAGAGGAUUGACGAGGGUGGAUGUUGUUGCUAUCUGGUUGUUGAGGCUUGUGUUGCGGGCGUCAUGUCGCGAGAGUUUCGUGCGAUUUGCAGGUUGGAUUUGGUGGGAAUCCCAAAUUUGUUAUCGUGUGGGGUCUUCGUGCUUUAGAGAGGGAAGCGUUUGGUCGACAGGUUGUACAGGCAAGAGAGGACUAGACCUUUUUAAUGGGGGGCCGUCAAAUCGUCGUGUAGAUAGUUGAGGGUGCUAUCGGAGGGGAGGACCGCCUUUUCCGGCUUGUUCAUGAUGACUGCUUUCAUCGUGAGGUGCAAAACUCCAAGGCAAGCAACUGUCGUUUGAGAACAAUGUAAGCGGCCCGCUUACGGAGAAGCCCGUUGAGAAAAGUAGGCUCAAGUUUUCCCGAAAAGGGCCAUGAUCAAGGGGCGUUU